UAAAUCACUGUCUCACACCAAAUUAAUUAUCCUUUGUUAAUUACCAAUGAGAUUUUCUAAUUGUCUCAAAAAUUAGAAACCCUUAAUUUCAAUGCAUUCCUUAAUCAUCUUCAGCCUUGUAUUUAAGCAAACCUAAUCACUCUACUCAAUCAAAUAAUAUCAAUAUACGUCUUCUUCCUCCUCUCUCACAGGUGGGAACACCCAGUAAGCCUUCAUGGCCUCUCUCCAUCAUUUUCUUGUUAAAGUACUUCUCUUUUUCUUUAUCUUGCAAGCCAAUCGUUGUUUUUCUUCAAAGCAAGAAUCUUUAAUAUUGCCUCUCAAAACCCAGAAACAUCCUCAUUUCCCCAUUGCAAGACGCUUCGCCACCGCCUCCUCCUCCACCAACAAGCUCUUGUUCCAUCAUAAUGUCUCCCUCACUGUUUCUCUCACGGUUGGUUCUCCUCCGCAGAAUGUUACCAUGGUCCUUGACACAGGCAGCGAGCUCUCUUGGCUUCACUGCAAGAAAGCGCAAGGCUUGAACUCCAUCUUCAGCCCUUUCGCCUCUAAAACUUAUGUUAAAGUCCCCUGCUCUGCUCCUACCUGCAGGACCCGAACCCGUGAUCUUACCAUUCCCGUGUCUUGUGACGCUGCUAAGCUCUGCCAUGUUAUCAUCUCCUACGCCGAUGCUUCAUCCACUGAAGGCAAUCUCGCGUUUGAAACAUUCAGAAUCGGGUCUUCCAGUCGGCCCGCCACAAUCUUCGGGUGCAUGGACACGGGUUUCAGUUCAAAUGCAGAGGAAGACGCCAAAACAACCGGGUUAAUGGGCAUGAACCGUGGGUCAUUAUCAUUCAUUAACCAAAUGGGAUAUCGAAAAUUUUCAUAUUGCAUAUCGGGUCUCGACUCGUCCGGUGUUUUGCUUCUCGGAGAUGCAAGUUUGCCCUGGCUUAAACCGCUAAGCUACACUCCUUUAGUUCAAAUCUCAACCCCAUUACCGUACUUCGAUCGGGUCGCUUACUCAGUCCAACUCGAAGGCAUAAAGGUUAACAACAAAAUUCUAUCGCUGCCGAAAUCCGUUUUUGUACCAGACCACACCGGAGCAGGACAAACCAUGGUUGACUCAGGCACCCAGUUCACAUUCUUACUGGGUCCGGUUUACACAGCUUUAAAAAAUGAAUUUUCAGCACAAACCAGAGGGAUUUUGAGAGUUUUAAAUGAUCCAAAUUUCGUAUUCCAAGGGGCAAUGGACUUGUGUUAUUUAAUAGAAUCGUCUCGGCCGAGAUUGCCAGUAUUGCCGGUUGUAAGCUUGAUAUUUCAGGGUGCGGAGAUGAGCGUAUCGGGAGAGAGGUUGUUGUAUCGAGCACCAGGAGAGAUAAGAGGGAAGGAUUCAGUGUGGUGCUUUACAUUUGGGAACUCAGACUUGUUGGGAAUUGAGGCAUUUGUGAUUGGAAAUCAUCAUCAACAAGAUGUGUGGAUGGAGUUUGAUCUUGAAAAAUCUAGGAUUGGACUUGCUGAGAUUAGGUGUGAUGUUGCUGGUCAAAAGCUUGGCUUGUACAAGUAAAUAAAAAAAAAAAAAUGAUGGGGACAAUUGUACAUACGUGAGAUGAGACUCAUGGACAAUUUUUCUAGUUAAAAAUAUUAAUGGUCUAGGUAUUUUGAUAUUGAAA